GAUAAUAAACUUGCAUGUUGCGAUGGCCUCUUGUAGCUUUCCUGAUGUUUAUUCCUGGAUACAGAACCUACCACCACUUUCUCAAUGGAAAACUACAUCCAUUUCUACAUCCAUAUGCUCUUCAUCCACAACCAAUUCCUCUCUCAUAAUCGUUGCUGCAAAGAACAUUCAUUCCCCAACCAUUACUUUCUCGGUUACUGCAGAUCUCAACUUUCCUAUCUCCCUUUGGACAUCAAAACCCUUGACAGUCGACACCCUAUCCUCGAGUUUAUUAAACAAAGAAUGUAUGUCAAGUCUCUUGCUUAAUUGUGUUCAUGAUGUUCUUUAUUAUGGCUCAAACCAGAGACAAAAUUCUAGCCAUAACUUUCCUAAACUCGACAUCACUUCUAACUCAAAAGAAAUCUUCAAUCUCGCAUUUCUUACCCUCAUAUUCCUAAUCUGCAUCUACGAAGCUCCAAUAGAUCUCCGUUCAAAUUGUCUUAUGGCUCUCAAGUAUCAUUUGGCAAAUUCCACGUCAAGGCAGAUAUCAAAGGUGCUUAUGAAAUUGUUGGGCUCUACUUUAGAACAACAAUGGGUGAGAUCCUUAAACCUUGCACUCACCAACUGGAUAUCGGAGCUCAAGGCCAGUGGUCGUACUUUAAAAACACCCUCACCUAUGUUUUCUUAUUCAUUUUCAACAUACGGACUGUGGAAAGUUCAACUAUAUUGUCCUAUCAUUGCAAUGGAUAAUAUUGAGAACUCCAGCAAUCCUUCAAGUGAUGAAAGAUUGCAGUUCUCUUUAAAUUAUCACCAGCUAGAAGGGGUUUUACAGUUCAAUUACAAGGCUGUGGUUAGAGAAAAGUGGAUUGAUAUGAGGGUGCACGUUGAUAACAUCAGGUGUGACAUCGUCCGGCUUGUGAAUGAGACUCUCUUAUCUGAGCGAGGAGUUGGUGGAUCAGAAAAACAUUUUCCAUCACGAAUUUCACUACAACUCACUCCAACUUUCCACACGAACAUAAUGAGUGUGUCAGUAAGCAAGUCCUCAAGUAACCCCCAUAUCGAGAUCGGAACUGAAAAAACCUUUGAGGCUGGUUUUGAAUCUGCACCAUACCCAGGCCUCAAAUUAGCAGUAGGGGAGACUGUAACAGUGAGCUUGAAGCCAUGGAAAUUUGAGCAGUUAGUUCAUGGUAAUGCUGCAACCCUUAAUUGGUACCUCCACGACAGUUCGGAUGGAAAAGAGGUGGCCUCCACCAAGCCAUCAAAACUUGCACUCAUAAACCCUAAAGCUUGGUUUCGAGACCGUUACUCAAGCGCUACAAGACCUUUCAACAGACAGGGAGGGGUCAUAUUCGCAGGAGAUGAGUAUGGAGACAGUGUGUGGUGGAAGAUUGACGGAACGGCAAGAGGGAAAACUAUGGAGUGGGAAAUUAGAGGUUGGAUCUGGGUAACGUAUUGGCCAAACAAACACAAGACAUUUUACACCGAAACCAAGAGGCUGGAAUUCAAAGAGAUUCUCCAGCUUUCAAUUCCUUAGCUCAUAAGAAAUCAUUAGAGAUGGAUGGAGACCAAUUUUCUGAGAUCUCUUUCCGACUUAUUCAUGUUCUUCGUUUGUAACAAACAAGACAUAUCUCUACUUUUAAACGUGUUGCCAAUUACACUUGUCUAAAUAUGGGAAUUUCAUCGUCAGUAAAAGUUUGCAUAGGUUAUUUGAUAAUUGUAUUAAAUCGUGUUUAAACUUUCAAGAGUGGGAACAAAAGGAAGACCCCUUUCCAAGUAGUUACAAAAAUGUUCUCCAAUUUGGUGGCCUUUC